AUGAUCCAAAAUACUUCUUUUUCUGACUUAUAUAUCAAUGCAAUAUUAAAAUAUUACAAUACAAAAGAUUUUAAAAGGUUAAAAGGCUUUAUCAAAAAAAUAAGUUUACGUAUAAAACACCAGGUUCUUGAACAUCUAAGAGAAGUAAAUUUAGUAAUGGAUUUUAAUGAAAAGGUUAAAUGGUUUACAAAAUAUUAUUUAGGAAAAGAAAUAACUGUUAAGAAUGAUAUAUUAGAUCUACAAAAUAUUUUUAUGUUACCAUACGAAACAACCAAUGUUAUAAUUUAUACACUUUGCUUCGAGAUUUUUAACAAAAAAUAA